AUGGAAGUGGAAACAACCUGCUUUCAAUGUUCCAUAUUCCCGGAGAACGCAAUCCAUUUGGUACGUGAUUGCCCCUCUGUGAAAGCCAUAUGGCUAAGAAUCCUCCCUUCUACACCUGGUGAUUUCUUUACUGCAAACAUGAAUGCUUGGUUGUAUGAUAAUGUCAUAUUGAAUGGGGAACACAUUAUCCAUCAACUCCAUUGGAAAAGCUGGUUCCUUGCAAUUAUUUGGAAUAUAUGGAAAGCUCGUAACUCUUUGAUACACACAAGUGAGGCAUGGCAACCCACCCCCUUCUGGUGCUCCGCUUUUGAGCUGGCCAAUGAGAUUGAAGCUCACUCCAACACCAAAUUGAAACAUUCGACCCCACAUGUAAGGAGUAUGACAUAUUGGACUCCACCACCUGUUGGCUUUGUGAAAUGCAAUGUCAAUGGGAGUCAUCACCAGGUUCCUUUGUCCACAGCUAUUGGCGGGUGCAUCAGGACCGAAACAGGUGCUUGGAGCCUUCGAUUGGCAGAUUCUCAAAUCAUAUGCCACACUCCUCGAUUCUGGCAGCAGAACUUCAAGCCAUUAGAGAUGGCCUAUCGCUUGUAUUAA